GAGAAACACCACCCAGUAAAUAAAAAUAAAAAUAAAAAUAAAAAUUAGAACUAAGACAAAAAACAACACAGAACACCCCUUCCCAGAGACGCCGUCGUUUCAACGCCGGUGCCUCUGAUUUCCUCACCUCCAAACGAUGAAGCGACGCGUCAGCUUCUCCCUUCCAGUAACCGUCGUCGUUUUAGCCAUAAUUUAUAUUUACUUCUCCACGAUCUUUGUCUUCAUAGACGGUUGGUUCGGUCUCAUGUCUUCCCCCGGCAUCCUGAACGCCGUCGUUUUCACAGCUGUGGCUUUCAUGUCCGUUUUUAGCUAUGCCGUCGCAAUCUUGAUGGAUGCGGGCCGGGUCCCUUUCACUUUCAUGCCCGACAUCGAAGACUCCAGUAACCCAGUCCACGAGAUCAAACGCAAAGGAGGAGACUUGAGAUAUUGCCAGAAGUGUUCCCACUUUAAGCCUCCACGUGCUCAUCAUUGCCGUGUUUGCAAAAGAUGUGUGUUGCGAAUGGACCAUCAUUGCAUUUGGAUAAGUAACUGUGUGGGCCAUGCAAACUAUAAGGUCUUCUUCGUCUUCGUUGUGUAUGCUGUAAUUGCAUGCAUCUACUCCCUGGUCUUGCUUGUUGGUAGUCUAACUGUUGACCCUCAAAAACAUGAGCUGAAUAAUGGUGACUCUUUCAGAACCAUAUAUGUUAUUUCCGGGCUGUUGCUAGUUCCAUUGAGUGUGGCACUUGGUGUUCUAUUGGGUUGGCAUGUAUACCUCAUUUUGCAAAACAAAACCACAAUCGAGUUUCAUGAAGGAGUGAGAGCUAUGUGGCUAGCAGAAAAGGAAGGGCAUGUCUAUAAACACCCAUAUGAUGUGGGCACCUAUGAAAAUCUGACUAUGGUCUUGGGUCCAAGUAUUUCCUGCUGGGUGUGCCCAACAUCAGGACAUAUCGGUUCAGGUCUCCGCUUCCGUACAGCGUAUGAUGCCCCAUUUAUCUGUGCGGCCAAGCUUUAGCUUGACUUGUUUCACGGAGGAGAAAUGAGCCUUGAAUUGUCACCACUCAACAAUAGAGAACCAAGGGAUGGCCGUUGUCUGCUAUAUUUCAGGGAGGCGAUGUGAUGUGAUCAAGUGUGAAUCAGUCUGGUAUAGUGAGUGCCAUUUCCAGUUUGUGUUUGGGGAAUUUCGGAAUAAUGUAGAGAUCUUGUGGAGCUGACAAAAGAGUGCCCAGUGAGUAAACAAGGAUUUUGAAUCCUUAAACUCGCCUACAUGAACACCACCAUCCUUGUAACUUAGAAUUGUAAUUAAUAUUUGCAACAACAGACAAAACGAGAAAGAAUAUUAAGCAGCUUUGUUUGUUUCUCUUCAUUAUCGUAAUUGAAUCAUACUUUUUUUCACCAGGUAUCUUCGAUGUAUUGCCUCAUCCUUGUAUGAUGAACUCUGCAAAACGCAUAAAACGAAAUAAUAAUCAUCAUCAUCAUCAUUUAGUAUUAAGAUAUAUCAUAUAUAAUAACUUUAUAUGUUUCUAAUUAAUUAUCAUUAUUGUCAUAUAGUAAUUAUUAUAUAUGAGAAAGUUUGAUUUGAACUGUAGGGAUAGUAGGGGUGAAGAAUGUAAUUUACCCAUAUGAAGUUAUGAACAAACAAGAUGCUGGGGCCCCGGUGCGAUGGGGGCUCGCGCCAUCUCCAAGAAUCCCACGUGACACGAAAUGGUCUUGUCUCGUGUGAGUCAUCAUCUCCAAAAAAAGCCAGAGCUCCGGAUGUGGUAAUCCUAGUGCGAAUACUGUUCAAUCACCCCGUCUCAGUUAAUCUACGGAAAAAGGAAGGAAAAGGGGGAGGACACGCUCUCAUUUCAAUGUUUCUCUCUCUGCCCGACAUGGAUGAAGAUAACGAUGAGAUUAACAGCUUCCAGCUUGAAGAAGCAUUCAACUCCAAAUGUUUUUACUUGAACAAGAAAAGGAAGACACGGGCUGAGCAAUUAGGCUUGCCCAUUUCAAAACAUAAAUGCUUGGAUCAUCGUUUCCCUCUCAAAACUUCCAAAAUAUAUGAAGAAAAGGACUUAAUCACAUGCAUAAUCACGGGAAAUGCUGAACGACAGGCCAUUGAUGAAGGAUCAGAUCCUGAAUCUGCCAAAGAUAGCAAUAGUUUUGUUGAAGAUUCUGACUUUGCCAUGUCUAUAGAUGGUGAAGCUAAAUUUGAGAUGGAGGUUUCAAAGAUAUGGCCACCUGACAGGCCCUCAACUUCAUCAUUCAGCUGCAACAGUCUCAAGGAUGCUCAAUAUUCUUCAGACAGUGCUGCAGCAGCACGACAUGCUGGAAAAGAGGAAUUGACAUUUGUGAAAGGGGAGAUUGAUCAAUGCGGUCAUGAUGAUGGAUUACAAGCAUCUCAGAAUCUUGAAGAGCCUAUCCUAGAAUUUGAGAGCCCUUUAGAUCACAGUUGCUCUGAAUUUGGAACUGACAGCAUCGAAACAUGCACAGAAGCUCAGUCAGGCCCCAGAAAACCAACCAUUGAUCAAGAAUUUGAGCAGUACUUUUCCAUGCUUAUGCUGUGAUAGUGAGCACUUGUAUUUAGAGCUUGAAGCGAAUGAUUUUUAGUACAUAGCUGCAGUAUGUGACUCAUUAGAGUGCAACUCAAAACGUAAAAGAAGCUUCCGUUUUCUGGUUAAGGCAAGCAUUCCUCGUGAGGGCUGAUUGUGACUAGUUCAGUGAAGCUAUGUCCUUUUUCUUCCAAUCUUAGUUUUGCUUGCAUAAUACAGCUGUUUUCUGCUCCUCCACGGUUCUUGUACCAUGCAAGUCGUGAACUUUUAGCAGUAUUGACAGAGCUCUUUCUUAAUGAAUCCUCUUGUUGGCGUUA